AAUGUUCCCAUCUCUCUUAGCACAUCUCUCCCAAUUCCUAUAGAAAGUACAUAGCACCCCCCCCUUCGCACCACCUCAUACCAGUUCCGCCUAUGUAUCUAUUUCUUGAGAUUAUUCUGUACAGCACCACGCACCACAUAUGUUACGUAUGUAUGUAUCCAUGCAUGUAAAUAUGUAGUUUCGAUAUCUUGUUCGCGCGGAUCGUCUUGCUGGAUCUGGAUGUGCAUCGCGUGGGGAUUCCUUGGGUCUGUGCACAAAAGGAUGUGACGCUGGAAGGAUGCUCGGGUGUCGCAAGGCUCGUGCUUCAACUCCUCACCUUCCUACUCAACCACCAUCAUCUUGUCACGCAGCCAAACCGCUUCCCACGCCGAGAUCGCCUCCAUCACAGCGUCGUCUGUCCACCACUCCUACGCGUAUCAUCAUAGAGCCAGGUCAAAACAACAACAAUUCACACGGAUACCCACAAAAGACCGUUUCGAACAGCUGUAGGAUGCCGGGGCCGAGAUACUCAAAGGAUCACCUGGCCCUGCGGGCUGCUGUGGAGCAUGCGCGGAGGCUGCCGUAUGACCCGUCGAACGGGGAUUGGACUAUAGCGGCACAAGACAACCUCAACGGCAUAAUCACCGACUCCAACGGCUUCAUCCGCGCCUCCUUCACGCACCCCUCCCGCUUCACCCCGGAGAUCCUCCUCGACCUUCUCCUCCAAGCGUGCCACACCCGCGUCUCGACCGGCAAACCCCCGCACCUCUUCCCCUGCCGUCCACGCACCGUCGCAUUCCCUUCCUCUGUCGACGUGCCGGCGGGGUCCAUUGAAACUUUCGCGGAACUCUUGCAUGAUCUCCACCUGGGUGUGAAGGUCGCGCCUGUGUGGGAGGAGGACCAUAGGGCAUCGAGGGUGGAGGGGCGGGAGAGCGAGGUUAUGGAGAAGAAGAGGAGGGAGGAGAGGAGUUUUGUGCAGAUGUUGUGGACGUUAAUUAUGUUGUUGCCGUUUGUGAGCUUUUUGGUGAAGAGGAUGAAGAUGUUGCAGGUGGGCAAUGGGCAGGAGGUGGGAGGGAAGAAUGCGUUGAAGCAGUCGUGAGCGGGUGGAGAGAGCGAGGCUUUUUGUUCUGCUGUUCCCGCCCAUCCCAUACGAACAUUAUCCAAACACCUUCCCGUCGAGAUCGAGAUAUAUGCCCCUCCGAUACCUCGACACCCUUGUUUAUUUCCCCGGACGUUCACUCAUUGUAGUAUAUAUAGCGAUACCCCAACGUCCCAUACCCUUUCAUGCAUGUUCAUA